CCCAGGGAGGAGGGAGGGCGGGGCUGGAGGGCUGCUCUUAAGGCGUGGCUGGAGGUGAACUGUGCCUCCCCUGGAUCCGAAGGGCUCCAGGAGCCAGGAGUGAACACAGGAGUGUCCCGCCAGCCCUGGACACCAGGUCCCAAGAGCACCCGGUUGGCAAGUGACAUCUCUGGGAUGUCAGUGAAGCUGGUUGGAAGCCAGAGGUAAACCACCAGGUCACUGCCCCCAGCAUGUCACAGGUGAUGUCCAGCCCCCUGCUGGCAGGAGGCCCUGCGGUCAGCUUGGCUCCCUGUGAGGAACCCAGGAGGGCCCUGCACCCAGCACCCAGCCCUGGCCUGCCACCCCAGUGUCCUUACUACACCACAGAAGGCUGGGGAACACAGGCCCUGAUGACCCCCACGCCCUGCAAGUUGCCCCCUAGCAGCCUCCAGCAGGCGCCACAGGCUGGAGCCAAAGGCAGGUGCCUCCUGCCGUCCCCUGGGGAGCAGAUCUCGGGGGCCCUGGAAGACCUUGACUCCUACAUUGACUUCUCACUGGAGAGCCUCAACCAGAUGAUUCUGGAACUGGACCCCACCUUCCAGCUGCUCCCUCCAGGGCCUGGUGGACCCUGGGCCGAGCCCACCCAGAGUGUUACCUCGAGGAGGAAGAAGGAGGAAGCUGAAGCCUUAGAUAUAAAGUACAUUGAAGUGACCUCCACCAGAUCAAGAUGCCAUGAUGGUCCCCAGAGCUGCUCCAGCCCGUCUGUCACCACACCCUUCGGCUCCCCGCGCAGUGGUGGCCUCCUCCUUUCCAGAGACAUCCCCCGAGAGACCCGAAGCAGCAGCGAGAGCCUCAUCUUCUCCGGGAGCCAGGGCAGGGGCCACCAGCGCCCCUCUCCCACCUCGGGGGCUCCCCCCUCUCAUCCCCCAUCCUCUCCCAGCAUCUCCAUCCCUUGCGUGGGGAGCAAGGCCUCAGGUCUCAAUGGCUUGGGCUCCCCACUGCUGGCUUCCCCACGCAUGGAAAAGGGGCUAGGGGGCCCCACCCCACAGCUGGGCUGCAGGGUCUCUGUGCUGUCAGCCAGCCCUGCGUCUGAUGUCAGCUAUGUGUUCGGAAGCAGCCAGUCCCUCCUCCACUCCAGCAUCUCCAGCCAUCAGUCAUCUUCUAGAUCCCUGGAAAGCCCAGCCAGCUCUUCCUCCAGCCUCCACAGCCUUGGCCCAGUGCCCUUGAAUACCAGAGUCAGUGACUUCCGGGUCCCCAGCAACCCCACCCCAAGCGUGGGCCAGCCCAGAGCAACCCACUCCCCACCACUGGCCAAGGAACAUGCCAGCAGUUGCCCCCCCUCCAUCACCAACUCCAUGGUGGACAUACCCAUAGUGCUGAUCAACGGCUCCCCAGAACCAGGAUCUCCCUCACCCCUGAGGACCCCAGGACACCAGGACUUUGUCCGAUCCGGGACUACUUCCUCCAGCAAUGCCUGUCCAGCGACCAGGAGCCACAGCCAGACCCUGCCAGAUGCUCUUCUCAGCACAUCCCCAGAGGGUCCCUCCAGGGACAUGCAGCCCACCAUGAAGUUUGUGAUGGACACAUCCAAAUACUGGUUUAAGCCAAGCAUCACCCGAGAACAAGCCAUUGAGCUGCUGAGGAAGGAAGAACCAGGGACUUUCAUCGUGAGGGACAGUUCUUCAUACCGAGGAUCCUUUGGCCUUGCCUUGAAGGUGCCAGAGGCCCCCGUGCCUGCCCAGAACCGAUCAGGGGAGGACAGCAGUGAUCUCAUCCGCCACUUCCUCAUUGAGUCUUCCGCCAAAGGGGUGCAUCUCAAAGGAGCAGACGAGGAGCCCUACUUCGGGAGCCUCUCCGCCUUUGUGUGUCAGCAUUCCAUCAUGGCCCUGGCCCUGCCCUGCAAACUCGUCAUCCCGCAGAAAGAAUUGGGAGGUGGAGACGGGGCCUCAGAUCCCUCUGUGGAUGGCCGGGCCUCCUGUCCGAAGAAAUCUGCAGGUUGCCACGCCCUGUACCUGAGCUCCGUGAGCGUGGAGACCCUGAGCGGAGCCCUGGCUGUGCAGAAGGCCAUCUCAACCACCUUGGAGAGAGAGGUCCUCCCCACACCCACCGUGGUCCACUUCAGAGUCACUGAGCACGGCAUCACCCUGACUGAUGUCCAGAGGAAGGUGUUUUUCCGGCGCCAUUAUCCCCUCAGCACCCUCCGCUUCUGUGGCAUGGACCCCGAGCAACGGAAGUGGCAGAAGUACUGCAAGCCCUCCUGGAUCUUUGGGUUUGUUGCCAAGAGCCAGACCGAGUCACAGGAGAAUGUCUGCCACCUCUUCGCAGAGUAUGAUGCGGCCCAGCCAGCCUCACAGGUCAUCGGCCUGGUGGGCACUUUCCUGCAGGACCCAGAAAGGAUGUAGGGGAGGGAGCUUCCCAGAUGAAUCCCAAAGGGCUUGCUCAGGAUGCCCCCUCCAGCCUGAACAAGGGGCUUGUGGCCAUGCUGAUGGACCAAUCUAUGGGGUUGGAGAACAGUACCAAGUUGAAACCCUUGAACCCACUAUGACCUUUGGCAGUGACCUUCGUCCAGAGCCCCCUGGGCCUCAGUUUCCUCAGCCUUGAAAAAGGCCAAAAGACAGGAUCAGCUGUUCCUCCCAGAUGUCGGUGGGCACAUUAACGAGCUCCCUGUGAUGCUGAAGCACAUCAGCGCCUGAGGACCCCCACAUGGAAACAGCCUCUGAAGACCCCUGACUCCAUCAGCCUCGACACUCCUGACAUAUCAGCCUGAGUUAGAGACCUGUGACCCCUGUUUCAUGGCCAACAGCAGGUGCUGGGUCGGGACCCUUGGGCCCUGGCCAGAGGCUUGCCUGAGACAGAUAGUAUGCAAGGGUUGAGGACCAAAGGAACGCCUCUCUUUCCCUCCAUAUCUGUUCCUUUCCCCAUUUCCCUGAUGGUUUCUUGGGCAGCUAUCACCAAAACCAAGCUAGAUCUGCCUGCCCUGGAUUCUUCAGGCCAGCGUGGCCAUGGGCAGGUUAGCAAGUGGGAACUUGCCCCCAUAGUCAGAGAUGACCCAGCUGUCCUCAAGAUCUUGAUGUCUAAUCCCCUCCAUUGCAAGUGAGCAUCAGCUUCAUCUUUUCUUUCAUUUUCUCACAAGUGACUGUGCCACAACUGCCUAAUCUUACUUGCGUAACCCACACCUAGGGGUGGGGGCAGGGAGACCCCCUGCUUGCUAGAGCAGACACGAGAGCCAGCUGUCUGGUUCUGCCUCAGCCCCGGUCUUUCUUGCUGAGUCCUCUCUGUCCCCCAAAACACACACAC